CCCUACGUUGGCGUACGUGCGCGCUCCCCCAACAAAUCGAACGCAUUUAUUUCCAGAAGCAAAAUGCCUCCGCGCGCCCUCGCACGUCAGUGUUUGCCAUUGUUGUAAGAAUGCCAGCCAAGGACGGCAGCUACGCUGUGUAGGAGGAGCUAGCGGCGUGUUUCCGCUAAAGAACAGGCCUAGGCGGUGAUCUAUGCAGCCCUACUGUUAGUUACCAGCGGCCGGACAGUUGGGAGCUAACACAGGAAAUUGCUUAACUACAGUUUACUGCGGCUUUAUUACCAAGGGGAGCCGUGAGUUAACCUUUCGGAUUCGGGAACAAGAACGGGCGACGGCAGCUGGACCGUUUGAGCGAUGGAAGCCGAGUUUUGGGAAAUCGACGAAAAUGGGAUUUGGAACUCCGUAUAUGAGGUUGGAACUGUCUGAUGAUCAUGGAGAUUCGCCAGCAGUCUUGUGAAUUACCCUGCAAGGUUGCCAAAUUUCCCGAAAACAAGAAUCGGAACCGUUAUAGGGACGUCAGCCCCUUUGACCACAGCAGAAUAUGCCUACAGCUUGGUUCAAAUGACUACAUUAAUGCCAGCCUAAUAACUGCAGAAGAGGCACAGAGAAAUUAUAUUCUUACUCAGGGACCCCUUCCAAGUACAUGUGGUCAUUUCUGGGAGAUGGUGUGGGAACAAAGGACCCGCGGUGUUGUGAUGCUGAACCGGGUCAUAGAGAAAGGCUCUAUCAAGUGUGCCCAAUAUUGGCCCCACAGAGAGGAGAAAGAUGCCAUCUUUGAAGAUACCUACUUCAAGGUUACUCUUGUCUCAGAGGACAUCAAAUCAUACUACACAGUCCGGCAGCUGGAGUUGGAAAACCUGUCUACUCAACAGACUCGUGAAAUUUUACAUUUUCACUACACCACCUGGCCUGACUUUGGGGUACCAGAGUCUCCCGCAUCCUUCCUUAACUUCCUCUUUAAGGUGCGAGAAUCGGGCUGUCUGAAUUCAGAGCACGGACCGGUGGUGGUGCACUGCAGUGCUGGUAUUGGACGCUCUGGUACCUUUUGUCUCGUGGACACCUGCCUUUUAUUGAUGUCCCUUCGUAAAGACCCGUCUUCAGUGCGUAUUCGCGAUGUGCUGCUGGAGAUGCGGCGUUAUCGAAUGGGUUUGAUACAAACUGCAGAUCAGCUUCGCUUCUCCUACCUUGCUGUCAUUGAAGGUGCCAAGUACAUCAAAGGAGACACAUCUCUCCAGGAGUCAUGGAAAGAGCUCUCAAAUGAGGAAGACGAUCCUCCAGAGUUCACCCCUCCCCCUCCUCUUCCUCCUCCCAGAGGCCCUCACAACGGCAGAGUGCCGCCAUCUUUUUUCCCAGAUAAUGUAGACUUCAUCCAACGUGUGGAAACUUCCCAACAGGGGUCUUCACAAGACACAGAGCUGCGAAAAAGAAACCCAGUUGUCCCGGAGCCUCCUCCUGACAAGGGGGAUCUGCUGGAUGGGCAUGUGGGAAUCCAAGAUCUAACCCCCAGCGCUCCGAACAAAUCCCAGCAGCAGGAGGGGACGGAGGAGUUGUCGGACAGACCGGAGCAGCCAAAGGGAAACAGUCCUAUGCCGGGGGCUUGGUCCCCUCUAACAGUCCACGUGUGCCUGUGCACAGCACUGGCUCUCAGUGCUUAUAUCUGCUAUCGCGUCUAUUUCCACUGAUGUCUGUCCUUUCUUCUUCCUUUCGUUUUUAUGUUCCAUGAUGUCGCAAAGUGGACUUGGCUGGCCAGUCAGCCUGCUUUGACUCUGUAAGUGGUGGUUGGCGAUACUUUGGCGCUGAGCUAAUUCAGGUUCACCUGUGAUAAUGUUGUAAAUGGUCAGCUGCCACUCUUUACCCAAACGUUCUUUCUGUAUGCCAUCUCGAACGCUCAGGGCCUCGGUUUUUCAGGCGCCACAUCUCAGUCGUGUGUGUGUGCCGACCCAAACGCAGACUCCCCAUAAAACACACGUCAGUCUGCUAAGGUGAAGGGGUUUGCAUUGGGACUGCUGGUCUGACCACCAGGACCAGUGAACCCUGGCUAAUUUACAUGCAUCUUCUUUCUUAUUUACCAAAAUGACACCUUUGAAUGUUUUUCCAUUUUUAUACUAAACUCAUUUAGUAGUACAGACUGAUCAUGAUUUUGCUUGAGCUUGACUGAAAACAUGUCACUAACGGGAGAAGUUUUCUUCAAGCAGUUGAGUGAAACUACAAAAAAAAAUCCAGUUUGCUCCCAGUAACUGAAGGAAAGUGUGGAUUUUACACACUACUUGGCUCUGUUUGGCAGGUUGGGUAUGCUUUUUUUUCCCAUUUGUACAUUUUUGAAUCUGCUCAGUGAAAACUAUGAAUGCAACAUUUACAGUAAGUUUGAUAAUAGAUGCAGAAAGGCGCCUCCUAGAGUCGGGGCUGUCUCUCCGUUUUCUCCUCCUGGUACCUCGACAGUGACGCCUGAAACAACAUUGUGCAGGGAUAAGGUGACGUGUCUCCGCCACUUUCCAGGCAGAAUCGGUUUCAUCCUGAGAUGGAAUCCAACACAUGGCUUUAGAUACUGUCUGUAGUUUCACAGUAGAUGUAAAAUGUGUAACCUUCACCUGCAGGUAGCUGUCAGACACAAAGUAGCUCACACCCAGCUCCAUAUGCUAGCAAUAAAAGUAACUCAGACGUGGUGUCCUUCACACGUGCAUCUCAUAAAUAGAAGAUAUCACAAUAUUUAUUUAUUUUAGUAAUUUUAGAUCAAAAAGCCAAACUCACUUAACAUAGAUUCAUCGCACACCGAUAUAUUCCAACUGCUCCUUCGUGGUGAUUUUGAUGAUUAUCUCUCGGGUCCUAAAAACACAACAUUCUGUUUUUCAGGCAAUGAAAUUACCAGUAAAGAAUAAUAAAAAUGGAUUUUUAAUACAGAAAUGUGGGCACACUGAAAAGCAUGUCCAUGUACUGUACAGGAUAUGUCCUCAGAACUUGGUCGCAAGCCAUGUUGCAUGAAUUGGAUCAACCUGUCAUCCUCUUCUUGACAAAUGCCACAUUUUCUCUGGGCCUUAAAUCAUGUGAGUUUACUCAUCAAUCAAGCAGUGAUACCUUGAAAGGUUCUUAAGUUCCCUGAUAGAUGGUUGCGCUGACUUUGGAUUUGAUAAAACCCAGCGGACCAGCACCAACUGUGGAAACCUCACACUGGAGGAACCUGUGCCUCUCCACUCUCCCUUUAGAUUCUGGGACCCUAAUUUCCAAAUAAAAUGGAUGUUUCUUAUGUUGUCCCUGAUUCAGCAGUGACUUAUCACAAAGGAUGUGACAGUUUCAACCCAUGUACUUUACACAUCUGUGUGUGGUGGCUCUUAAAGCUCUAACUGCAGCUGCAGUCCACACACGAGUCUCCUACAAUCUCCAAUAGGCUUUGCUUCAGAAUCCUCUCAAGACUGCUUCUCUACUUAUUGCUUGUGCUUUUUCUACCACUCUUUAUCCUUCCACCUAGUUUUCCAUUAAUACACAUUGACAUAGCUCUCUCUUUUGGGUCUAACCAAGUGCCAGUGACUAUUUGCAAGACAGCAGUCGUCCCUGUAAUUGUGUAGUCCAUAACAUGACAUUUCUGUAUUAAAAAUCCUUUUUUUUAUGGGUCUGAUAUGUUCUUAUUCUCUGAGAUGCUAAAUUUUGGGUUUUUCUUGUUAAGUCAUAAUCAUCAAAGUUAACAAUGAAAUGCUUGGGAUACAUCACUCUGUGUAUUAUGACUCUAUAUAGUAGUUUCACUUUGUGAGUUGAAGUCCUGAAAUAAAUGAACUUAUUCUAAUUUGAGAGGUACAUGUAGGUCUCUGAGAAUGAGUGUGGGACCAGGGAUUUUAAAACUUAACCAAAAUAAAAAAAUCAAACACCAGCACAGGGAUGAAAAGGACGCACUGUUCUGAUUAUUAAUGUGUCAUAGAGUGAGCCUGAGCUGGCCGUGUUCUUCUGUACGAUUGUUUUUUUAAAGCAUGCAGCGUUUGUGAGUCACCAGGUUUGUCCAAAUAAGAGAUUAGUUAAGCUGCUACCAUUCGUUUACCUUUGGGACGAGACAGUUCAGCUCUUUGUCCGACGGCUGUACCUUUCUUUAGAAUGUAUGAACGUCCUCUCCACGGGAUGCACCCUUAUUAAAUUUUUAUAUAAGCAUAUAUAUUUUAGAUCAGGUUUAAGUGUGCUGACUUCCUUUUCUGCUUUAACGGAUUAAACCUCAGCACUUGUGCAGUAAUUGCACCAGGUUUUCCCAUUUUCUAUACGUAUGCUGGGCUUAGAAACAUAUUUUUUUAUUUACAUUUGUUUUCAUUUUUAAAUAAAGAAAACAAAAAAGUG